UACGUCAAAAUGAUCAAAAUUAGACUUUUCAUAUAUGUUAUUUUAAACAUAAAAUGUUCAAUUUCCUUAGACUCUAUAGAAUUGCAUUGCAAUUUCUCUAAACAUUUAUUUAAUUAUUUCAAGUACAGUGAGAAAUAUUUAUUUAACUUCAAAAAAACCAUUUCUGAACUUGAAUUAACAAAUUACGGAACAGCAGUAAAAUCUCAUGGCGAAAUUGUUAUGAUCAUGUUAGAUGCAUUACGAGAAAUGGACGAAAAGUAUAUAGCAGCAGAUAUAAUGACUGUAAAUUUAUACUUGAACAACGUUUCAGGAUCUAUAAAUAUGAUUGGUAAAGACGAACAUGGCGAAUUCAAUAGGUCUAAACUCUCACAAAAUUUAUUAAAGGGCUAUAAAAUUCUACAUCGUUCAAUUGUAGAAAGAUUGGAAUAUUUUAUAAAUGAAAAUUGUUUAAAUAUAGCAGUUCAAAAAUAUUUCAUAUCCCUAACUAAUUUUACAGAACCAAUUAAAUGCAGCCCAGAAGUAUUGUUUAAAGAACUCGAAAAACUCAAUAGUAAAAUAAUUAGAAGUAUGAAUGAAUACUUAACUUUGAGAGACAUGUAUGAGGAAGAAGAUAAUGAAAUAUUAAAAAGUUAUUGUAAGAUAUUGAAGCAUUUGGCGAUAGCUUUUGGAAGGAAAUCUUACUAUAAUUUUAAUCCUAAAAAUGUCCUGUUUUAUGAUUUUAUGGAAAAUCGUCCCAGUUUAUCGGAGCUAGAAGUUAUAUCAGGUUCUCAAUCGAGACAAUAUGCUAGAUAUAACAGUGACAAACAGGUAUUUGAUGUUUUAGACGUCGUUCGAUAUGCCCCAUUGAACUUAAAAAAUAAUAAUAAUUAUGAAAUAAAGUUAUUUGAUAUGUUUCGUUUCAUCAAGUUUGAUUUUGACUCGCGAAAUGUACAAGUAUUUAAAAAAAUAUUAAAUACAGCCACUGUUCGUCCAUUUAUGAUAAUCAUUCGUUUUUAUGUUUCAUUAGUUAGAAAAUUCGUUUUUCUUCCUCAAUUUAAAAAUGAAAAAUUAAAAAUAGCAAUGAAAAAUAAAAUCAUUGAAAUGGGUCAAAAUAUUGUUAAAGUCAUUAAAUCCUUUAUGGAUAUGAAUUUAUUUGGAGAAAAUUUUACAAAUUACAUAUCGUGUCAUUUUAAUAAGGUAUACGAACUUAUUUUAUCUUUCAAAGAACGCAAUUAUUUGUUUAUGAGUAAAGAAUUGAACUCGAUUCCAAAAUUUUGCUAUGAUUAUCUGAGAAGAAAUUGUUUAAUUGCAAGUAUUAAUAAAUUACAGAAAGCAAAUAUCACAGAAGACAAUAUUAAUAAAAUUUGUCAUUUAGGUGCUGAGGAAGUAAAUAAAAUUGCUUCAUUCGUUUCAGAAUUGAAAAAAUAUAAAUAUUGCUUUGAGAUUGCGAAUAAAUAUAUUCCUACGGGAUACGUGGAUAAGCAUACAUUAAACAUGAUUUUAAAUCAUAAUACACCAUUCGAACAAUUAGGAAAGCAUGAAAACACAUAUCAGCCAUAUUAUUUUCCUGGUGUUAAUACAGACGACAUAAAGAAACAUGAUAGUCAUAGCUCAAAUGAUGAAAAUGAUGAAAUAAAUAAUGAUGACAAUAAAUAUUUUGAUGUGCUAAAUCAUUACAAUCCUAAAUAUCUACUUGAUUAUAUACUUUAUUAAUGAAUUGUUAAUGAAAUAAAUGUCAUGAAUAAAAUCAAAAUAGUUGAU